UGGAGAAGGACGGGAGAGUUUUCCCUCCAGUGACAGCCAUGGCAGAGGGCUCCGAGAAGGUGCCCAUCGCCCGAGCGGGGCCCGAAGAUGUGGAGCAGUGCCUGCCCCCCGCCUACGCGGCGGCGGCGGCCCCCGGGCCGGGGCGGCUGCUGAAGGCGGGGGCGGCCGUGCUGAUCGCCGGAGCCCUCCUGCUGCUGGCCGGGGCCAUCGGAGCCUUCUACUUCUGGAAAGCCACCGAGAGGCAGGUGUACAACGUUCACUAUACUAUGAGCAUUAAUGGAAAAGUACAAGAUGGAUCAAUGGAAAUAGAUGCUGGAAACAACUUAGAGACAUUCAAAACAGGAAGCGGGAGUGAAGAAGCUGUUGAAGUUCAUGAUUUUCAGAUUGGCAUAACUGGAAUCCGUUUUGCUGAAGGAGAAAAGUGUUACAUCAAAGCUCAGCCAAAAGCUCACGUCCCUGAAGUUGAUGCUAUGACUAAAGCAAGCCUCUCAUCUGAGCUGGAAGAUGAAAUCAUGCCCGUGAGAUUUGACGAAAACUCCCUUAUCUGGGUGGCUGCAGACGAGCCUAUCAAGCAUAACAGUUUCCUAAGCCCCAAAAUUUUAGAGCUUUGUGGGGAUCUUCCAAUUUUCUGGCUGCGACCAACGUAUCCCAAAGAUAACCAAAGGAGAGAAAUGAAGAGAAACAAACGCCAAUCGGAAUCAAACUUUGAUACAGAAGACUUGGAAGCUGCUACUGAAAAAGUAAACACCAGGUUGCCCACCAUGCAGCUGACUCAAGAGCUUGAUCACCAGUCUAAUGAAACCAGGCCAAUGGGACAAGAAACCGAUCAAACGCUUAAUCCAGACAACCCAUAUAAUCAACUGGAAGGUGAAGGGAUGGCUUUUGACCCCAUGCUGGAUCACUUAGGUGUGUGCUGCAUUGAAUGCAGACGAAGUUACACACAGUGCCAGAGAAUUUGUGAGCCUCUCAUGGGCUACUACCCGUGGCCUUACAACUACCAAGGCUGUCGUACUGCCUGCCGUAUCAUCAUGCCCUGCAGCUGGUGGGUUGCUCGUAUCAUGGGUGUUGUGUGAGAAAAAGCAAUCAGAGCCUUGACAAAAUAAGCGGGAAUGCAAUGACGACAAACUGGUAAAAGGCUACAACCAAAGCAGCAGUACCAAUCCUGGCCUUUAAAAUCCAAGUGUGUGUUACUGCACCAAAAGCAGGGUCAGAUAUUCUAACUGUAAAUAAAAAUCUUAAGUUAAUAUUCUAUUAGCUUUACAAAUGACAAGGGUAUACUAGCACUUGGUGAAUUAAAAAACAAAGACAUCCCCAAAAAAGACACUAUUAAACUUUGCUCACAAACUGGUUUAGCAGUCCAGAAGCUUGCUCAUCAAUCCAAAAUCAGCCUUUCGUAACAAAACCCUCUCUUUCCAAGCUACAUGUGAAAAUUUACGUCCAAUUAGGCAACUAGCUCAACUUGUACACUUGGGAGUACCUUUCAUCCACGUAGCUUGCUUAAAUAAAUCACAAGUUAAGUUGCUCCCCGUUGCUAUUCAUACCAAGUUGCCAGGUCAUUAUGAAUGGUUAUAAACCAAUUACAGCAUACCUUUCCCACAAAGCUGCUCCAGGGGACACGGGAAAGCGCACAUUGUGCUAAAUCGGAAACAAACGGCAGGGAAAGGGGCUGCGGAAGGGAAUGUGCAUGGCUGCAGAAUCAAAACCCUUUGCAUAUCCCAACAUCAAAGAAGCCCCAGCAUCAAGAAUCUUGUAUCCACGAUACCACUCUAGUGUCUAACAAGUAUCUGCUAUCCAGCUACUAUAGCAAAAGUAUUUACACGCAGUUGCAGACCAAAGAAUCUCAAGACCCUUCAGAAUCUACAACAGCCACUGUAUUUAUAAAUCCCUGAACUAGACACUUUUGACACAAGAUUACAACCCCUCUUUAUUCCACAUGGAUAGCAGCCAUUCAUGCUAGCUCUUUUAGCUCUGCUGAAGCUAACCUCCAUUCCCCACAAGAGAAACUGCUUACCAGUAAGGAGAAAAAAAAAAAAAAGAAAGAAAGAAAGAAAAAAAAAAAGGUUUCUAACCUCACCCUUUUUGCUUAGGCAAACUCUGCAAUUAUUGGGAUUGAGCCUAUUACAUAUUAAAUCUCUAAGGAAGGUACUAAGCUGAAACACUCACCAAGAUGGAAUGACUUAGGAUUUCUAGCCUUGAAAAACAAAGAUAGAGGUAUUACACUGCCUUUAUCCAUACUCUACCAUUGAUUUUAUGGAGCUAUCUACAUGGGCUUUAUAAACAGAAUGGUCCAAUUUUUCUUAAAGUUCACUUUCUGGAGCAUUCAUUUUUGUGACUAAACAGCUCUUGAGAUGUUGCAAGCCUAGUAAUGUUAUUAACACUGUGUGACACACAGAAAAGAGGAAUUAAUUUGACAUAAUCGUGGCUUAAAGAAAAUAAAGACAACCUCAUGUGGAAUGCUAAACUGCAUAUCUAAAAAGUAAAGUGUUAAAUGAGAAUAAGAUGAGAAUAGAAUUCAGUAUUUUGUUCUAUUGUAGCUUUUUUUAAUAUAAGCUUCACCUUCCCUUAAUCUCAAGACAACUUGCUUUGAAAUAUUUAAAUUAAAAACUUCUUAAAGUGGGAUUUCAAGGCCUGUUAAAUUUGAGUUUCUGCUUUUUAAAAUGAAAAUGACCUUGAUCAUUAUGUUGUUUUAGAAGUACAUCAUUCAUAUGCUUAGAAAAGUCAGUUUUCCUUUUUUUUUUUUACUGCAGAUUAAACAAAUACAUUAAAAAACGGCAAUCGCUUUCUGUCCUUUUUUGCAAUGUAGAAAGUAUAAUGGUACCUUUACGUACGUGUUCGAGAACUGUCUUGAGAGGAAAACAAGAGGAUCAGCAAGUGAAACACUGAAGACAAAGGGAAGGAAAUGUGACAGUA